GGAAGCAGGAAACUCAAAAUCUCCAAUCUUUCUUCAUGAAUUAACUGGAGGAACUACUUCAGCAGGAAAAUAUAACCUUAAUCUUGUUGUAGAAUUUGUAACAAAGAAAGGAUUUGAGUUAAAAUAUGAUAAUACUGAUUCUUUGUAUCUCAUCUGCCUAGAUAAGUAUUAUAAAAAGUGCAAUGAAGCCUUUUUUAGAAAAGAACUUUCUAAGGAGGAAUACUGA